CAUGUGAACUUUAGCAUUUUAACUUGAUAGAAAUGUGAAAACAACAAUGUUAUCUUAGUGUGACGUGCAAAUUUUACCCAAAAUAUGCAAAAACCUUUCCAUUUACAACAAUGACUGAUCUAUUCGAUGAAUAUGAUCUACAACUGCAAAAAAUUUUAACUGAUAUAAAGAAUCAUACCCAAUUUUGUCGGAAUGGGCUUUCAACGAUCACACAUGAAGGCCACCUUGCCGAGUUGGAUUCCCUAGUAUCUUCUGCCGAGGAAACGGUGCGACAAAUGGAACUUGAGGCUAGAUUUUCUACAAAUGCACUAAUUCAUAGCAGAAUAGACAAGGUUAAACAUGCAAGAUCUCUACUUAAGGAAGCUUUAGAAAAUAGCAAACAGAUGCGCAAUCAACUACAACGUGGAGAGCUUCUGGGAGGUACUGUUUCAUUGCACAAUAUACCUCUUCUAGAUAUAGCAUCGUUUGGUGAGACCAACCAGUUCAACGCACUGAGUAGAGAUGAUGAUAUGCUCAAUCAGGGACUACUAUACUUACAGACAUCAUGUGCAACGGCCAAUGAAACGGAACAGGUCGGAUCUCAUGCGGCCAAAAACUUGCAUGACCAAAGAAACAUUCUAUACAAUAUUCAAAACAAGAUCGAGGACACGAAACUAUCAUUAGUCAAUGCAGAUGAAUACCUUGCAAAACUGCUGAAACAAGGAAGGCUAAACAAGGUCGUACUAUACACAGUCUUUGGUGCAAUCAUAUGUUCCGUCAUCAUCAUAAUUAUCAUACGUACUAUAAAGCUCACAUUUUCAAUAUUGAAAUAAUUUAUACA